CUCCUGAUAAUUUGUACAUGAUUUAAAAAAGAAGUUUGGUCAAUUUGAAGCUAGUUGAAAUCAGUUUUGAACAAAAUACUGCAACCGGCAGAGCGCCGGCAGAUGAAUCGGAGCAGGCAUUAGACAAUAUCAUGGUAUGCCUUAUAGGGCAUUUUGUCAAAACUGCCCUCAUGUAUCAACUUAUUGAUGCAUGUAUUUGAAUGCAUAACAUUUUUGGCUCGAUCACAUUUGCUAUAAAAUAACGAGAGCAUCGGUAUAGAAGCAUUAUUCACGUAAACCUUCAAUCAUGUACAUGUACGUUGGCGUUUUCGUGCUGUUCAUAUUAUCGCUGGAAAACAUUUCAGCCAGUGGGGCAGCGUCUUGGUCUUCGUGGAUAGACAGAGACAACCCUAGUGGUAAUGAAGACUCGGAGGAUAGAGAGAACCUGGAGAAGGGACUGGGAGGGGGCAUGCCAUGCCAGAACCCAACAAGAAUAGAAUGCAAAACAGUAGGAACCCAUAUCCCUGCUUCAGAAACUGGUCAGGUGUUUAGAAAAGAUGCUGAUUGUUCAGUUGAAGGUGGGCUGGUGUGUGUCAACAAUGAACAAAAACCAGGUUCUCAAUGUUUGGACUAUGAAAUAAGAUUUCUCUGCCCAGUUGCUGCCCCAACAGCGUCUUGGUCUUCAUGGAUAGACAGAGAUGACACUAGUGGUUCAGGUGACUGGGAGGAUAGAGGGAACCUCGAGAAGGGACUGGGAGGGGGCAUGCCAUGCCAGAACCCAGCAGAAAUAGAAUGCAGGACAGUAGGAACCCAUAUCCCUGCUUUAGAAACUGGUCAGGUGUUUAGAAAAGAUGCUGUUUGUUCAUUAGAAGGUGGGCUGGUAUGUGUCAACAAUGAACAAAGACCAGGUUCUCAAUGUCUGGACUAUGAAAUUAGAUUUCUCUGCUCAAUGGCUACCCCAACAGCGUCUUGGUCUUCGUGGAUAGACAGAGAUGACCCUAGUGGUACUGCAGACAAGGAGGAUAGAGAGAGCCUCGAGAAGGGAUUGGGAGGGGGCAUGCCAUGCCAGAACCCAGUAGAUAUAGACUGCAGGAAAGUAGGAACCCAUAUCCAUGCUUUACGAACUGGUCAGGUGUUUAAAAAAGGUGCUGUUUGUUCAUUAGAAGGUGGGCUGGUGUGUGUCAACAAUGAACAAAGACCAGGUUCUCAUUGUCUGGACUAUGAAAUCAGAUUUCUCUGCCCAAUGGCUACCUCAACAGCGUCUUCAGUGGGGUCUUGGUCUUCGUGGAUAGACAGAGAUGACGCCAGUGGUAGUGGAGAUUGGGAGGAUAGAUGGUCCCUCGAGAAUGGAAUGGGUGGGGGCAUGCCAUGUAAGAACCCAAUAGGGAUAGAAUGCAGGACUGUAGGAAGCCAUACUCCUGCUUCGGAAACUCACCAGGUGUUUAUGCCAGGAGCUGAGUGUUCACUUGCAAGGGGACUCAUGUGUCAGAACAGCGAUCAGAGAGGUGGCGCUGGUGGCUUUUGGUGUCUUGACUAUGAAGUGAGAUACCUCUGCCCUAAAUAA